UCCUCCAGCCUCCAUCACCGCCAGUCCGCCAUCGCUGCCUCCCUCCAAUCCACUUGCCACGCCUCCCGCCUUCACCCGCCGCGCCGCAAUCCUUCUCCAGUCUCCAUCACCGCCAGUCCGCCAUCGUCGCCUCCCUCCAAUCCACUCGCCGCCUCCCUCAAAUUCCGCGACGAGCAGAAGCCGUUGUUCCGAGCCAAGGUUCCGCUGAGCAUUCUGGGCUUGCCUUUCCAAGCCGGAAUCGCCGCCGGCGAGGCCAAGGAGCUCUCCCUCAACCUCUCGACGUUCUUCGAUUCCGGCCCGUCGUUCAAGGUCGCCUACCGCCCCAACGAUUCGUGGAAUCCGUUCUCCCUCGUGCUCAAGACGGGGUCGGGGUCAUUCGGGUCGCCGACGUCGAGCGCGAUGGUGAUGAGCGCGGAGUUCAAUUUGGUCGGGAAGGGGAACCCUAGCUUCAUGCUUCAUUUCAAGCCGAGGUUUGGAGAAGAGUAUGACCCUUAA